AUGAGAAUGGCGGCAAAGUGUCCGUUGCUGAUUAUUAUAAAUGGGCUUAGAGUAAAGGAAAGCCCAAUGCUCUCACAGCCCUUUAAAUUACGAAAAGUGUUCCUCCUUCACGUGAAUUCGCCGGCCGACGAUCCUUCCUCCGUCGGUAUCUAUUUUUUCCGUAUUGCGAUCUCGCUUGACGAAAUGGGUGCUCGUAUCUGGAUCUUCUCCGUCGUUGUAGCUGUAUUCUUAUCUCUUUCUGGAUUUUCCUCAGCUCAGGAUCUCCAGAUCGUAAAUGCCGAGCGAAGGAUUGAUGUAAGCUCACAUAUCGUCAAGGCCUUCCUGACUCUCAAGGUCGAAAAUAUUGGGAAAAGUCCUGUUGCGGAGAUGCUUCUUGCGUUCCCACCUACACAGAUCAAGAAUCUUGCUAUGGUCCAAGCUCUGGCAAUUACCGGCAAAAAGAAGAAGAAAACCUACCUGCCUCUAGAUGUAAAACCAACCGAACUAAGUGGUCCACCAAAUGACGCUGGACACUUCAGUAUUUCGUUUGCUAGCCCCUUGGGACCCGGUGAAACCGUUACACUUGAGGUGCUAUACAUAUUGACUCAUUCCUUAGAGCCUUUCCCGAUGGAGAUAGCCCAGUCAGAAUCUCAGUUGGUUUACUACCGUGAUAGUGCAGUGAUACUAUCGCCGUAUCAUAUUAAGCAACAGACAACUUUCUUUAAGACUCCUAGUACUAGAGUAGAGUCGUUCACUAGCGUCGAACCUGCUAACCGAGCUGGGAAAGAGAUCAAGUAUGGACCGUAUGAGGAUCGUGCUCCGUACUCUUACACACCUGUUAUUGUACACUUUGAGAAUAACAGUCCGUUUGCUGUUGUUGAGGAACUUGUGCGUGAGAUUGAGAUUUCACACUGGGGUAGCCUUCAGAUUACAGAGAAUUACAAGUUGACUCAUGGGGGAGCUCGGCAUAAGGGUGUUUUCUCAAGGGUUGAUUAUCAGUCUAAACGUUCCAUCAGUGGUGCAUCCUCUUUCAUUGGGCUCCUUGCAGUACUGCCUCCCAGGGUUAACUCUGUCUACUACAGAGAUGAAAUCGGAAACAUCUCAACUUCACAUUUACGUACAGGCUUUAGAAAGUCAGAACUUGAAUUUGAGCCGCGGUACCCGUUAUUUGGAGGGUGGAGAGCAACUUUUAUCAUCGGCUACCGAGUUCCGUUGGAGGACUAUCUCUUUGAAGCAUCCGAUGGGAGACGUUACUUGAACUUUACCUUUGGGUGCCCGCUCGUUGAAACUGUAGUUAACAAGUUGACUGUCAAAGUCGUGCUUCCUGAAGGAUCAAAGGACCCUUCCGCUGUUUUGCCUUUUACAGUCAAUCAGGACUUACAGGUCAAGUACUCAUACCUUGACAUUGUGGGAAGAACCGUGGUCGUCUUGCAAAAGGAUAAUGUAGUUCCCACUCACAACGUACCCUUCCAGGUGUACUAUACGUUCAAACCAAUAUACAUGCUUGCGGAACCAUUCAUGCUUGUAUCGGCUUUCUUCUUCGUCUUUGUGGCUUCUCUUGCCUAUGUACACAUCGAUCUCAAUAUCGCCAAGAAGUAG